AUGAGAACCUUCAGUCGUCUCUUUACGAGCAUUUUGCUCGCUGUGUCCGUCUCAGCUGCCGUUACCACGGUCGUUCCACCCGCGUCCAAGGGUGUUUGGAACGACCCUGCUAAUGCCCUGGUGUUGGAUGGAACCCUGACCGACAUCCAGACCAUCGUCGACACUGCUGCUGUCGUUGACCAGAAGGCUGGCGCCACCGGCGAACCCGACCAGCCUAUUCCAGACACUGCAGUUACUGCCGUGGAUGGCCAGCUCACCACAGCGGGUAUGCAUGACGCCAACUCCACUAGCACGCGACGGUCCAUCCUUCAGCGGUCGUCACGAAGAAGCGUCGAUGACUACGAGCUCGUUUUCUCCGGCACGGGAUUCGCUCCUGAAGAUCGCGACGCGUCCAUUCAAGGCACUGCAUACCUAACCUUCACUCUUGUACCCAAUGCAACCUACAACGUCGCCGCGUAUCUAAAUUUUUGUGACACUGUACAGCAAUGCGUGUUUGCCAACAUAUAUUACGAGUUCAACAACCCCGGAUUGGACCAUCACGAGACUUCCAACUUGAAGUGUGCUGUUUACGGCGACGUUCAUACGGCCGCGGAGAAGACCAAUUUCGGAGGGCAGCAACUCGCACCACCUCCAGCUGGUCUGACGUACAUCCAGCAGAGCAGUGGAUAUGCUUCAAAGACUCUCGUUGAUCCCGAGGAUCCCGAAGGUUAUGAACUUGUCUUUGGUCCUACGAAUGGUGCCAACAAUGCCCCAGGUUACAUGGGCUUCGCCUUCCUCGACAGAUACGAUGUCGACGCCUGCGCGCGAGAAUGCAAUAACCGCGGCCCCGAUGGCAAUGGUGGCGCCUGCCAAUACUUCAAUAUCUGGCGUGCUGUUGUCAACGGUGACCCAACCACGUACACGUGCAGUAUGUACUAUAUUGUGGCUGACGAGUCCACCGCUGUCAACACCGGCCAAGGCAAUCUCAAGGUCACCUUCUCCCGUGGCUACAAGCGCAAGAACUACGUCAUCGACGGAGGCUUUGAGGGGUACAAUGCAUGUAACGACUUCUGCUUCUCCGCCUCGUACUCCAACUGGAUCGGCACAAGUCCUCCUGGAGGCAGCCUCGACGCUACGAUUUUUUUCUACCCUCCCUAUGCGCACGCUGGAAAUGGUGUAGCGUUGCUGGGAUCCGCGACUGGCGCCGACAACCUCCCCGGAACUCUUACCCCUACCCAUCCUCUCAACACCGUCACCGGAAAGGCGUACCUCAUCACGUUCUUCCACGCCAGUGCGUUCUCCGGCCCGGUUCUCGAGGCAGAUGCGUUCGUUGACAUUCUUUGGAAUGGCAACAUCGUGACCACUAUUCGUCCGGGAUUCUCAAACUGGCAGUACUACCAAUUCCAGGUUACUGGAGCUGGUAAUGAUGUCCUUGCUUUCCAUGGCGGCAAGGCUCCUGCCUGGUCCUUCCUUGACGACAUUCAUGUCUUUGAAAUCUAA